CCGCUGCCGAAGCUCACGCUCGCGCGCGGCUGGCGCCUGCAGCUCUGCGGCGGCGGUGCUGCGCGGGCUCGAGGCCGUUUCAAUUGAAUGACCGGGAAGGGUGAGGCCCCGCGGUGGCCCGGGUUGGGGCCGGAGAGUCAGAGCGCCGGUGGCAGUCUCCUCCUACGGAAGGGAGCUUCGCGGGGAGGCCGGCCCCGCGUUCCCGGGUGGCAGGGUUUGUGCCCUAGGUAUCCGUGCAGCGAACCCGGAUCUUCGGAAAAUUUUCCCGACACCUGCUGCCGUUGUUCAGCCCACAGUCCCUGGGCCUUUCCGGGUUUCCAGGGAAGUCGAUUCGGAGACAUGUCGGCCUCAGUGAACGAAAGCCUUCAGCUUCAGCUGCUGGAGAUGGAAAUGCUGUUUUCAAUGUUUCCUAACCAAGAAGUCAAACUCGAGGAUGUAAACGCCCCGAGGAAUAUAAAGCGGUAUUUAGAAGGCGCAAGGGAGGCGCUGCCGCCCAAUAUUGAAUUUGUGAUUACGCUCCAGAUUGAGGAGCCCAAGGUGACAAUUGACUUGCAAGUAACCAUGCCGCACAGCUACCCCUAUGUAGCACUGCAGCUAUUUGCUCGGUCGUCUGAUCUCGACAGACAACAGCAGCUACUUCUCAACAACGGUCUUGCUUCUUAUAUAGGGACUUUUGAUCCAGGUGAGCUCUGUGUAUGUGCGGCAAUUCAGUGGCUCCAGGACAACAGUGCAUCCUAUUUCCUGAGCAGAAAGCUUGAGCAGGAACCAUCCGCACAAGCAAAGCCCGUCAAGAACACGUUCCUCCGCAUGUGGAUCUACAGUCACCAUAUCUAUCAGCAAGACCUACGGAAAAAGAUUUUGGAGGCGGGGAAAAGGUUAGAUGUGACUGGAUUCUGCAUGACAGGAAAGCCGGGUAUCAUCUGUGUGGAAGGUUUCAAGGAGCACUGUGAGGAGUUCUGGCACACGAUCCGGUACCCCAACUGGAAGCACAUUUCCUGUAAGCACACGGAGAGCACGGAGACGGAAGGAAAUGGCAAGGACCUGCGCCUUUUCCACUCCUUUGAAGAAUUACUCCUUGAGGCCCAUGGCGACUAUGGAUUAAGGAAUGAUUAUCACAUGAAUCUGGGUCAGUUCUUGGAAUUCCUCAAAAAGCACAAAAGUGAGCAUGUUUUUCAGAUAUUAUUUGGUAUUGAAAGCAAAAGUUCAGAUUCCUAGGAAGUUACGGAGACCUGUGCUUAUCAUUUCGCCAAGUCAGUGUUUCUAUUUUGUUGUUGUUGUUGUUGUUUUCCGGUACCGGGAAUUGAACUCACGACCUUGCGCUUGCCAGGCAGGCGCUGUGCCGCCGAGCUAAAGCCCCAGCCCCCAGUGUUUCUAUUAAUAAGGCCAAAUUCAAAGGGCCAGCGGCUCUGUAGCGUCUUCAGUAAGAACCCUAGCUCCAGAUUUUCACCUGGUGAUGGCACAAGUAGGCCUUGUAACUUUAUAAUAGCGCAAUUGUGAUGUUACCUGUCCGUUCCUGUGUUGUUAUUUGAAAACUAUUUCACUGUAAAUAAACAGUCCAUUUAACCAGUGAGGCUGAUUUGAUUAAGGAGUAUAAAGCCACAAGUUAAUGUUAGAAAUCUAACUGUGGUUAUGAAUUCAUGAAUAUGAACAUUUCUCCUUUUCACGAUGUCAGCACGUGGGCGACAUACCAAUUUGCAUCGCUGGAAAUGAAUUCUAAAUGAAAGAGCAAAUGAGAAUAAAGGAAAAGCAUGUGUCUACUGCCGUUCA